AUCAGAGUGGGCGGGAGAUGGGUUGGUCGGAUGGAUCCAGACACUGUAUAAAUGAAACGAGAGCAGAACAAACUUCUAACAGGAGGAGCUUCACUCAUGGCCUAUGAGACAGAGGAUCAUGAGACUCAAUACUGCUUUCCUGCCAUCAACUCAUCAUGUAUCAAGGCAAAACGCUCCAGAUAUGAAUACAAUAUCAUGUAUGUGUUCGUAUCAUUGCUGUCAGCAUGGACUGUGUUUGUGAACCUGCUGGUGAUCAUCUCCAUCUCUCACUUCAAGAAGCUUCACACUCCAACCAACCUGAUCAUUCUCUCUCUGGCUUUGGCUGAUGUUCUUAUGGGACUUGUCAUGCCCAUAGAGGGCACCAGGCUGAUUGAGACGUGUUGGUACUUUGGAGACACUUUCUGUAGACUGUUUGUUGUAAUCCUUGAAUUGCUCUUCUCAGCAUCUCUCAGUAAUUUAGUUUUAAUUGCUAUUGAUCGCUAUUUGGCUGUGUGUCACCCUUUACUGUACCCACAGAAAAUAACCACAACUAAAACUGCAAUAACCAUCUUUCUGAGCUGGGUUUGUUCCUCAGCUUAUUACUUUAUCAUUGCAAUUAAUAAUGGUCCAUUAGAAACUUCACACAGAACAGACAGGUGCUAUGGAGAGUGUUAUUUUACAAUGGGUUUUGCCUGGAUAGUCACUGAUCUGUUCAUUGGUUUUAUUUUUCCUUGUACCCUGAUCAUAACUUUGUAUUUGAGGAUUUUCUAUGUUGUACAUCAGCAAGUGAAAGUUAUAAACUCUCUAAAGGGUGGAAAACGUGUAAUGGAAGGUUCAGUGAGGAGGAAAUCUGAGAGUAAAGCUGCUCUGACAUUAGGAAUCAUUGUAACAGUUUAUCUGCUUUGUUUUAUUCCAUACUAUAUCUGUUCUAUAUCAGUAACCUCUUCCACAAUCAUAAAUAUUUUGGCAUGGGUUUUGUAUGCAAACUCGGGUAUGAAUCCUCUGGUAUAUGCUUUAUUUUAUCCCUGGUUUAAAAAGACUGUUAAACACAUCUUAACACAGAAAAUAUUCCAGCCAGCAUCUUCUCUGGUCAAUAUUUUUACAGAACAUUAAUUGUGAUUAAACUGGUAAAGCUGGUAAAGGAUAUGAUUAUCUUUGUAGGAUUUAUAUUUGUAAUUUACUCAUAUAUCUUAAUAGUAUUUACCUCAUUUCAAGCAAGUAUGUUUGCUGCAUUUUAUGUUCCUUUUUUUUUUUCUUUUUGAAAAUUCUCUUUAUUAAGUUUUUUUUUUUUAUAUUGGCACAACGAAAAAUUAAAAAAAAUUAUUUGGCUAAUACACUGUGCAAUAAUAUUCUUCCAUAUGUAAACUAUUUUACCUAGUAAACUUCUUUCCACACACAUUGAAAUUAAGUGACGAAGUUAUGAAUUGUAUUGAAUUAGCUCAUUAAAUAAACUGAGCAAGCAGCAUAAGUCCUCAAUAUACUGAAACACAUGAUACAGGUAGAUGUUAUGUGCUUUGUUUAAUCACUUUUAUCAUUCAUUUUGCAUUUGUGUUAUGUUAGAUCAAAAACACAAUAGAAAAUAGAGGACAGUGACACAGAACUAAACUUAGCAAAAAAAAAAUAAGAAAGAAAGAAAGAAAGAAAGAAAGAAAGAAAGAAAGAAAGAAAG